AUGCCGCAAAAGAUGCUUGCAGAAUCAUUGCCGCUCUUCAGGGCUGCACGCCAUCGCAGCUGUGACGUGAUUCCUGCGCCGACGCAGCGUCGGAACCCUUUCAUCGUAGCCGUCGGCUCCUCGUGCGGUGUGCAACGGGCCGCUGAUGGCACCGCCUCCCCCUUCAUUAGUGCGCUGGCACCGUCGGUCUGCCAGAGGAGUAAGACGUGUUCAGUACCGACAGCACAUCGGCAACUCUUCUCCUCCAGGUCGGCGGGGCCGCAGCGCCCCAGCGAGCAACGUUGCGGUGGCAGCCGGCGGUUGUCAUGGAGAACGCACCUCUCACAGCUGCUUUCCGAGGAGCAGAUUACCCGCUGGAGGCUACGGUGCGAGGAGCAGGAAGAGCGGGUGGAGAUUGCGCUGGCAAAGCCGUCGUGCCGUGUGGUUUUCUCUCAGGUCGAUGUGGCAGCUGCACGGUCUGCACUUGGACAGGGCGACGAGCGCCUGGGCUGCGGUGCGUACUCUCGACCACACUUACCGCGGUCGGAGCUCGUUUGCGCCACGGCCAAUGAAGCCCAUUCGUUGCGCGCUGGCCGGAGGCGGAUCAAGACGAAGAAGCACUACUCCUCGGGACGUAGAGGAGGUCUUCAAGAGCACCCGACUUCCGAGACCCAAAACACAGCGUCCGCCCCUGGGCCAUUGUAUGUGCGCGACAGCGAGCUGCUGUGCGCGCUGCAAAGGGCAGAGGCACGUAUCAAGCAGCUGGAGGCCGGCAUCGUGUUGCAGGCUUCAGCGCCAUGGGAUAAGGAGAACACCAUGAGCGCUUCCUCGUCUACGAUGGCGAAGCCGCAAGCGUCGGCUUUCCUUGACACAAUCCACCCUUUUUUACCUCUAUCACCGCGCCUGGAAACCUUGUAG